AUGCUAUACUUGUUUGUUUAUAUAUGGCUUUUCUCAAGCAGUGUAGCUACGAGUGAGGUCCCUGUCAAAACAAUCAUUGAUGUGCUAUCAAGCAGGUCCGAGUUCUCAGUCCUCGUAGGGCUUUUACAGCGCCAUGGGUUGGUUCCCCUUAUCAAUCAGAGCUAUAACUCGACAUUUUUAGCGCCGAUAAACUCCGCUUUUGCGGCAUACGACUCUGAAUCCAUGACCAAAGAUCAGCUGCUAUAUCACUUCCUCAACGACACAAUUGUCUUCGACGCCCCCGGAAGAGAGGCCGACUUGCUCGUGCCCUCCUAUCUCAAAAAGGAUGGCGAAAAUGUGCAAGUGCACCUAGAAAAUGGAGUUAUAAACCGCAGUCCAGCUCGUUUGGUCGAACAGAAUCUGUUUGCGUCUGCUCAGAGGGGCGUGGUUCAUGCUAUUUCCGAGGUUGUCGAGGUGCCCGAGAAGCUGUGCAAAUCGCUAUUCUAUCAUCGGCAAUUAAGCACAUUUUCGCAAAUUGCGAGCAUUGAGGGUGGAUGUGCACAUUUGGAGAGAAAUGUUACACUAUUUGCUCCCUCUAACGACGCUCUUGAGUUCUUUAACGAUAUCGAGCUCAAAUACCUCACAUCUAACCAUGGCCAGUCAGAUAGGGAUCGCAUUCUUCGGAGACAUAUGGCUCAAGGUAUUUUAAAGCCUCAAGAUUUACCCUGUGAAGUUACAAUGCUUGAUGGCACCAAGUUUUUUAUCAACACAGAUUUGAGUAUGGAGUCUGAUUUCGGCAACUUUUCAGGUGCAAUCGAGCGCUGGGUGCCUUCAAAGACCGGUGUUUUGAAUGUUUAUUCGCAAUUGUUGGAUGAAGGCACUCUUAUUGAGUUCACGCCCGAAAAAUACGUCUUGGCACUGGGAGGAUAUACUUUUGCACGUGAGGUUUCUUUGUACGGUUAUGAAUGGUUACUUGACGGAACAUACACGGAUCCGAUCACUAUUUUUGUUCCAAAGGCUCCGUUAGAUAACGACAGCAAGCUCAGUGCUCGAGGCAAUUACAAGUUCAGAGCUGAUUCGGUGCUUUAUCAAUUUGCCAAGGGGUCGCUUGUUCCUACUAACGAAGAAACUGACACACUUGUGGAUAGUGCUAUGACGCUGAAAGGAUCCAAUCUACCUCAACGAAUGCAUGUCUCAACACAUUCGUCGGGUACGAUGUUUGUGAACUGGCAACCAGUCGUUUCUGAAAAAUACGAAACUGGAGGUGCUACGAUUUAUGUUGUGCCAGGCGAAAUUCCAGCCCCUCCUAGUUUUUCGAUGGCGAUUGGUCCACUAUUUAUGUCGUCUCAUUCGUUGAAUUUCUUGGACUCCCUGGGACUGGUCAAUCUACCCCUGAGCAACAGCUGGACUUUGCUAUUGCCAUCGCGCGAGGCUUGGGAGUCUCAAAAGCUUUUAAUGGCAUAUAUGGGAAACAAUACUGAUGUUCUCCGUGAGUUCUUCUAUGCCAUGAUCUACGCAAACCCGGUCUACACUGACUCUGGAGCCGUUACAACUAGGGAUCUUUCUGGGCAAAAAGUGAGCAUAGAAAUGGUUGAAAAAUCUUCAUCUUCUUCCUCGUACUAUGUGAAUGUUUCGGGUACCACUGUGACUGCCAGCAGUGCCGACAUUCUUUUCGACAACGGGGUUGCCCACAUUAUCGAAGACAUUGUUCUACCCUCGAAUCUGGAGAUCACUUCUAUUGAUUUGAUCGAAGCAGGCGGGCGAUCGGAGUUUGUUGACUUACUAGAAGAAUUUGGGUUUGGCUAUGCCUUAAAUCCUCAUGAGAACUACACCAUUAUUGUUCCGGACACGAAAGCGCUGGCAGCGGCCAACUUCACACGAGAUAACCCUCAGCUCGAAUUACUCUUGAAGCUUCACUUGAUCCCUGGAAAUCACAGCCAAGACAUGUUUGACGGUAAGCCCUUACUCACAGCUGCUAAAGAAGAGUUAGCCAUGCACUGGCUAUCUUCGAAUGUUUUGGCCAUCAGACUGGUUUCUGGGUUUGGCCAAUCUGUAUAUGUUACUGAAUGGGCGGAAACACGAGGUCUCACAUCCCUUGGAAGUAGUGUGUUUUUCAUUGAUUCGUUUAUCUCACCUGAAUGGGUUCACUCGCCGUUUUUAAAACCCCCAUUCCGCAUGAAGACGCACACGCUUCUUCUUCUCGGCAUUAUCGUGGGGCUGGUCCUCACAUCGCUAUUUAUGCUCUCUAUGGUCUAUAUUUUCACUGGUGAAAAGGACUUUGAUGAGGAAAUGCGUGCACCAUUACUGCGCGAGCCCUCUGAAGAUGGCGAGUAUCAAGAACAAGAGCCGGAGGUUCCAACACAGCCUAUUCGCACUACGAGUGUCUCCGAAGAUCGUCAAUUUGGUAGUCACCUUAAUCUUCCUUGA